UGAGGGCGUGGCGUGUGUUCGACCAACCAGAGCCCCGUGGACCUGCGACGUCACUGUGACAUCAUCAUGUUCCCCUCCGUGACCCGUAUCCUCCCCUCUAGGGUGUCAUCGCCGCUCCUCCUGGCCGCCACGUUGAUGCUGGCGGCCGCCGGCCCAGUCUCGGGGUCGGACGCUGAGACGUGUUUCUCCAGACAGCAUCAGAACGCCAUAGUGAAUGUCCGCCAGGCGCUGGCCCGACCGACCACCGUCAUGGACUCCAGAGUCGCCCAAUCAGAGAGAGACUGUGUUCUGGCCUGCUGCUCAGAGGACGUCAAGCCAGGUAUAAAGUGUACCCUGGCUGUGUUCAACCCUCACAAGCCCUCUGAACCUCCCAACAACCACAACUGUCAUCUGUUCCACUGCCAGAGUGAGCAGGACUGUCCCCUCCUGGCUGCUGAACAGGGCAUCAACACAUACGACAUCUUCAAAGGUGAACGCAUCUUCCUUCAACUGUCAGGGCCCUGGUCCCCACAGCUCUAUGUAGAGAAUAUGGGGGCCAUGUCUGGGCCCUGGUCCCCACAGCUCUAUGUAGAGAAUAUGGGGCCAUGUCAGGGCCCUGGUCCCCACAGCUCUAUGUAG